AUGGCCGAACCGGCAUGGCAAGAGCUACUAAGGCUUCGUCUGGUCGAGAGGAAUGCGAAGGAGUCAGCAUUUGCGUCCAUCAUUGAGCAGUAUCGAAGAUUGGCUCAGCAGACGAAGCUGCUAAAGGAACGGAACAACUCUUUGCUGAGGGCAGUCAAGACAGUGGGGUCAAGUGCGAGCAGUUCUACUUUGAAUGUUGUAGGUGCAGGCGAUUCCGAUGGGGUCAAGUCAGCCUAUAUUGCAUCGCUGGAAUCUCAAAUAUCAUCUCUGAGAGAUGAAUUGGCUACUGUGUACAAGACACAGGGGCAGAAUGCCCAACGCCUCUUGGCCAUGACCGAGACACUGCGGGAGAAGGAGGAGCUGGCAAGAUUGGAUUCUGAGAACCUGAGAAAAGCACGAGAAGAGGUAGCGGUGCUGCGAAAGAAGGUCGAUCAGCACAACGAGUUGAUGGCGGAGAAGGACCGGACAGCUCAGGUUCUCAUGGACGAGAUCAACACCCUGCAACUGGAGCUCAGUCAGAUAGAGGAGCGAAAUCAAAUACUGACAAAGGACAAUGCUAAGCUGCUGCAGCGAUGGCUCGAUGCUAAACAGGCUGAAGCAAACAAGCUCAACGAAGCGAACGAGUUCUAUGAGGACAUGCGUUCACGACAUCAGGCGGUCCUCAACUGGAGGGACGGUUCGCAGAGCGAUGCAGACGCGCAGUCAGUGUCGCAAGGGUCGGUGUCGGGAAAAGCGGAGGGGCUGGACAACGGGAUAUCGGCGGGGACGAGGGAUGGGAUGCAGUCUCUAGCGGAGAAGGGCGCGAGUCGGACACCGAAUGGCUAAUGGUCGAUGAGUGAUUCUGUUUGCUUUUGUAGAUAUGUGCUUUCCAACCUGCUUUCGCAUACCCUUCUCGCUACGCAUAUACCUCGGUCUGGCACCUGCUGUCUAGUGGAAUAUUUACAACGAAUCUAAUAAAUCAUUUGUAUAGCAU